AUAACCGUAACUAACAAGAGUUCGGGAAUCACAAUAGGAUAUUUUCCCAGAAAGCUAGACAUUCCCGAGAACACCCCAAUUGAGACUACAAUCACCACCAUCACGGCAUCAUCCGAGGCGCAGAAUGUCGCGAGAACGUUCAAAUUGAUAGAUGGCGCCAAUGGAACGUUCAAACUUGGUGACGUGUCGAUACCACCAUUUGUAAAUAUUCAAUCAUCUAUGUGGACUGUUCCAUUAGUAUUGGCUCGACCACUUGAUUUUGAAACAAGGGAAGAAUUUGUUUUCAAAGUAAAGGCAAUUGACGCGUAUCAACGAGAGCAGUUCGAAGAACUUAUGAUCCGGGUCACCGAUGUCAACGAAGGGCCAUCGGAUAUCUUAUACUCUGGAGGAAAGGAUAUAUCUGUACAUGAGAAGCUUUAUACGAACGAUGAAGUCAUUGGUCGCUUUCGUGUAGUAGAUGACGACAUUGAAGACAAACACGUGCUUCGGAUCAGUAACAACAAUGCUAUAAAGUUAAACAGAGAGGGUGAACUGUAUGUACCGGCAGGAACAUCAUUCGACUUUGAACGACGAUCCAAAAUCAAAAUAUUAGUGCGUGUAGCAGACAAAGAAACGGCGGUAUUCAGAAAAGCAUUCCAAGUGAAAGUUAUUGAUUCGAACGAGGCACCAACUGAACUGAUACUUGUGAAUGGGACAGUGAGCACGGGAUUUUUAACUUUUGGUUUGCUGUUCGAUAACAGUCCAGCUGAAACAUCGAUUAGUACAGUGAAAGUCAGAGACCCCGACAAUGCUAAUUGGGGCAACCAAACGUUCGCAAUAGAGCUGGUGGACGAUGGUCACGGAUUGGUGAAACUCGAUGAACUCAUAUUAAAGGUUGCCAAAUAUAAUGACGUCUGUACUCCAACCGACGAUUACUGUAGAAUUGAUUACGAAAGUCAUAAGGCAUUACUGAUUACGUUCAAAGUAACUGACAGUAGCUCUCCCCCUAUGACAGCUUACUUUAAUAGAAUGAUCGCUAUCGAAGAUAUAAACGACCCACCUAGACGGAUACAUCUUGAUGGUACCAUUUUAG